AGCACAACACACUGGCUCUAGGCAGGAAACCUCAUAAUGGACACUUUGGGAACUUAAUUUCCAAAUAAACACAGUUAUGAUUGGGCUGAAAAUCAAAACAGCAACAACUUCCUUCUUAUGGAAGCAAGCUUUGGAAUACGUCCAGUUCUAGCGAAUCCCCCUGGAAGGAUAUUCAGUGUUUGAAGCCAUGUCAUCGCCACAAACCGAAGGAUGGGUUCUCCUCUUCUCCCUUCUGCUCCGGUGCAUGUCGCCAGCAAGUACCGAAGAAGAUGCUUUUUUGGAGCCAAAGCUCCAGGAGUAUUUCCGUAGCUCGGCAGCAUCAAAAGCGUCCUUGGUUUAUUUUAGGAGGGACGCUUCUUCUGCGGAUGUGUUCGUCGAACAGCUGGAAAACUCUGUAGAAGCCCUUCGAGAUUAUGGAAUUUCAGUCUUGAAGGUUACUUGUCAUCAGGGAGAAACUUUAGGAUACUGUAGAGAGGACGGUUCAAUGCGGAAAGCAUACCUGUUCAAGGGCCACGUGCUGCUUCGUGAGCUCCCAACAGACGCCUUGUUCAGCGUGGAUGCCAUCGUAGCAAAUGUCCUGUUUGCCCUCCUCUUUAAUGAAGUGAAAUACGUCGCCACGUUGGAGGACCUUCAGAAUCUGGAAGAUGGCCUUCGGGGUCAGUCGGACCUCGUGUUCGCCUACGUCCAAGCUGUUGGGACUGCAGAGCACAGAGUGUUGAUGGAGGCAGCCUUUGUCUAUGGUUCGCUGCUCCGGUUUGCCUUAACAACCGAAGUGAAGCUUCUGAAGAGCAUCCGGGAUGAAGAGUCCGAAGUGCCGGCCUCAAAACUCUUUUUCUGCCACUGCAAGAUGGCCGCAGAUCCGGCCCAGCCGUGCCGAAGGACUCUGAUGGAGCAGCCGCUGACCACGCUGAAUGUCCACAAGUUCCUGAAACUUAUGGGGGAGCCUCUUGUGAUGGAGAUAAUGGCGGAUCCAGAGAAGGUUUCGACCGCUCACCUCCAGCUCGGCCUUCCUCUGAUCUUCAUUCUCACGCAGAAAGAAACUCUCGAAGCAGAUAGGAGAACGGCUGAAUUUGUGGCCUGGAGGUUGUUGGGGAAAGCUGGGGUGGUCCUUUUGUCAAGGGGUACUGCUGGUCUGGACUUCCUCCUCCGAUAUAACGUGGCUAUCAAGACAGCAGCUGAGGGCGUGCCCGUGAAGUACCUGGUCUUGAAAGACACAGAUGACAUCCUAGCUCUGGUGGAAAAUGUUAAACAGGGUGAACCUAUCCCAGAAGAGGAGGAGGAGGAGGAGGAGGAAAAGGAAGAUGGUGAAAGCUACGAGCAAGAGAUCCAAGACGACGAGGUGGUGGAAUCCAUCAUCAGGGACAGGAAGCACGAGCUCCCCCUGCAACACAUCCAGACGCUGACGGAAGAAUCCUUCGGCCCCGCUCUGGCCAACUCCGGCUCCGUGGUGGUUCUGUUCUAUGCCAGCUGGGAAGCCGUCUCCUUGGUCGUGAUGCAGUCGUAUGUAGAAGUGGCUGCUCGUUUGGAAGGGACUCCUGGGAUUUCGCUGGCAAGGGUCGACUGCUGGGAUUGGCCGCACCUCUGCAGCCGACAAAAUGUCACCCAAUUUCCCACCAUCAAGACGUAUGAAAAGGGAGGCAGAUCGCUGACCUACUCUGGGAUGUGGGGGACAGAAGAGGUGGUGAGGUUCAUUAAGCUAAGCAGGACCCCCGGCCCGGUGAGACUGACAACCCCUGGAGAAGUGGAAGAAUAUUUAACUGGCAAAGCCCCAUCUCCGUCUCCUGGUGUCUCCAUUCUGGGAUUAUUCGACUCCAGCAGGCACGAUGCCAAAGAAGCUUUCCUUGAAGCCGGAGCGGCCCUGAACGGAUAUGUGACGACAGCAAUCUACAGCGGAGAAGAUGCCGCAGUUCUUGCCCGUAAAUACAAGGUGCCUCUUCCAGCGCUGCUGCUAGCUGGACCAGAAAACACAAAAAGGAGCUUCAUCCAAAUCUCAAAACAAAGUGCACAGGAUAUGGCUGAGCUCAUCCAGCAUGCAUUACUUGACCCGUUUCCGGAAAUCACGGUGGGGAAUCUCCCGGAGUACUUCCAGUUGCGGAAGCCGCUGCUCAUCUUGUUCAGCAGGGGUGCUCUGAGCCAAACGGAGGAAGGAGAAAUGAGGCUUUUGGCCAGAGAGGAGAACCACGAAGCCUUCCUUGCCUGUUGGCUGAACCUCAAGAACACCCCUGUGGGCAGAGGGAUCCUGAAGGCCUAUUUCGGAACGCCUCUCCCUCCCUUGCCUCUCCUCGUCUGGGUCGACCCCCAUUCGGGGGGCCAGGUGUUUGCGUUUCCUUCGGGCCAGUCCAUCACCGAAACAAACGUCCUUGCUUGGAUUGAGAAGCUGGAAUCCGGCCUGGAAGUUCCGAGCACGACCUUGUCCAAUGAAGACUGGAAGCCUCGCCUUCCUGCCUACGACUUUCUGAGCCGGAUGGCGCCCCCGCUGCCAGAAUUUACCAUUUACAGCUGGCAGAGCAGCAAUCGGGAAGAGGAGGUGGCCCUCUCUGGAGAAAAGGCGGCAUCAGAGGUGAGAGAGGACCCAGUGGAGGACUCCAAAGUGGCCGACCUGGAAAAGGAGCUGCCGACAGGAGGGGACCUGCGAGGGACGGCUCCACGCCUGGCAGCGAGGGAGAAGCAGGCGAAGCGCCACACAGAGUUGUGAUUGGGCUGAUAACCCCAGGGCAGUGGGUGGGUCUGGAGGCAGGAGGUGGCUGUCACUCCCUAGGAGGGAGUUGUAAGCGCUUCCCUUCCUGGCUGCCUCUUCUGGACCCAAGGGUGUGCUUGCACUGAUGCCGGUCAACAAGUGGGAACUCCGCUUCAUGCAGGUCAGCCACCAGGGAUGGGAGGGCUGAUUUGAGGGAAAUGAUCCUGGAGAUGUUUCGGAAGACAUUUUCUGGGAACAACCCUGUGCAGGAGAAUCUCGGAGUAUGUUCCACGGAGACCGCUUCGAUCAGCGGAUAAAUGUUUACUGGUGGCCCCCGGCCCUAAGGAAGCCUGCCUCGCUUCAACCAGGGCCAGGGCCUUUUCAGUCCUGGCCCCAGCCUGGUGGAACGCUCUGUCAAUGGAGACCCGGGUCCAGCAGGACAUAUUAUUGUUCCGCCGGGCCUGUAAGACAGAGCUGUUCCGCCAGGCGUUCAGUGGUUGAAUGGGGCGGUGCCAUGUCGGCCUCCCACCUUUGGGGUGGGAUGGGGGUUCUCCCCACCAUUGCAACUUAAUGUAUUUAGUUAAUUUAUUUUAUUAUUGUUUAUUGGGUGUUGAUUUUAGAAUUACUGUUUUCUUGUUUUUAUUGAUUAUAGCAGUCGUUCACAGCCCAGAGCCCCUGAGGAUGGGCAGUUUAUAAACUGAAAUAAUAAUAAUAAUGUACUGUUUGAAUUGGGCCUUGUUUCAGUUUUAGCUUCUGUGGACAAUUAAUGAAAGCAAAUGAAGCUUUUUAUAAUUUUACAGAACCAUAGAGACUUUGCAUGAUGUUUGCGCUUUUCCUACAGGGAAUGCACUUACACCUAGUAAAAAGAACAGAUCCUACAGGGAGAUUGUCACGCAUAGAGAUUUGGCGCGUGCAAAGCAGAUUAUGUCCACUUCCAGUUGGCAAAGAUGACGGUCUGUGCAGGGGUCUCACACUGCACUUGAGUAGGCCAACUGAAAACAAGUGCAGUAAACCUCUGAAACCUAGUGCCAGGAAGCAACAUGAAAGGAAAGGCUUGGCCCUGGUCCCUGUUUGUUGAUCUUCCAGGACCACUGGUUGACUUCAGUGUCAGACAGGAUUCAGGACUAUAGGGUCCACCAGUCUGAUCCUCCAGGGCUCUUCUUAAGUUCUUAUGUUCUUAACUUGUAAGUAGCUCCAGUUAUGUAUUGAGUAAUGAUUCGGCAGUGGUGCACAACCUGGCACCUUCACUUCAUCGUCGUGUUUUCUUUGCAGUCCCACAUGGGAACUGCGCAUGCACAGGCCGGCCGGCGCAUGCACAGUUCCCAUGUGUGCCUCCACAGAAGCACACUUGAUGAACAACAGUUACAGGUAGGUGCAACUCUGUUAUUCCAGGUGUAAUUUCUUUUUUGUCUCGAAGCACUUCAUUAA